GUACCGUGCCGAUAUAAGCGGAACAUGGGCCCAGCAUCCUCAGUCAGCCAGUCAGUCAUUCGGUCAUUCAGUGUCCAGUAAAAUAGUGCCCGCUCGCCGCCGAAUACGCACGAUGAGUCGAAUGUCUGUGUUACUAUUGGCAGCUGUAAUUGCUGUUACAGCUACAUACGCGGAAGAGGAACUAGUAGCUGUUGUUCGUCUGACAUCAUUUUCUGCGAGAAAUGUCACGGGUAAUUUGAAGAUUGUUCAAAACCCGCCGGAUGGACCCGUUACCAUCACCGGCAAGAUCUACGGACUCACAGAAGGGCUGCACGGUUUCCAUGUGCACGAGAAGGGAGAUUUAACCAUGGGUUGUACAUCUGCAGGAGCGCACUUCAAUCCUGAGAAUGUCGAUCACGGCGCGCCGAACGAUACUGUCAGACAUGUCGGCGAUCUAGGAAAUAUCCAGGCCAAUUCUGCGGGAGAAGCGGUAAUAAAUAUCACUGACAAUGGUAUCUCGCUGAAAGGAUCGCACAGCAUCCUGGGACGUUCCAUAGUUGUACACUCCGGCGAGGACGAUCUUGGCAAAGGAAAUAACUCUCUCUCCUUGUCAACUGGAAACGCUGGCGAUCGUUGGGCCUGUGGUGUUGUUGGCAUUGAAAAAAUCUGAGGUACUUCGAAGGAAAAUGUCAACGGUCGAUGGAGGGGAAACAAAAAGGAUCGAUACCACUUCGUAGAUUUGAUUAGAAAUUCACCUUAAUUUGACCCAAUAUUAUUGAAGUGUUACUUCCUAUACGAUUCUUCCUCUAUUAAAUGCUUUGCCGAAUAUAUGUAUUUUAUGUGAUUUGUAAGAGAAUUGUGUCGUUUGUAAUAAACUGAGAAAUAGACAUAGAAUUAGUAGCAACGACAUGUGCCGUAUGUAAAUGUUAUGUAAUUUUCUCUCUGACUGUUGACUCGUAGCCUGUCUAUCUUUUGUAUGUAAAUUGUUGAUGAUACUUUAACAAUUUGUUUUGUUCCUCUGUGUUUCCUUGAUGUCCUUUCUCACAUUUAUUCUGUCCGAUCGCUUUUUUGUGUUACCAUAAGGAAAAUACAAAUAAUAAUAUAGACAAAAUAUACACAUGCUCUAAGCGCAAUGAGAA